GUAGGUGUACGCAUGUGUAUAAUCUCCCCUCAAAACCAAAUCGCCAUUACGCCACUUCCGUCGACUACAGCACUCCAAAGCAAACUCCGAUGCCUUCAUCACCGGAUGGAAACGACCCCGACGUCUACCCGACCGAAAUCGGCGUCGAGCGUCUGCUCAAGUCCCUCGAGCAUAUACGCAGCAAAAUGGACGGACAGAGAGAAGAUGACUUUGCCUUCUUGCUCUCGAUGCUUCAGAGUUCCGAUUUCCAGUCGCUCAUGCACGUGCAUGUGGCCGUGACGCGUGAACGGAGCGAAAAUCCGCGCCCGACGCGACACGAUGCGUCGUCUCUGUUGGACGAGCUGUGCGACGUGCUGGAGGGAAACGGAGUUGAGGGUGUCGAGCUGCUCGAUAUCUUGGCGACGCCGCAUUUGCGAGGACUCUGUAGUGCUCAUGAUCGUGUGGCAACGAAGGAUUUUGCACGGAAGUCUCCCGAGUUGGUUGAGGAGGAGACGAAUGGUGCUGAUAGGAUUGUGAAGAUUAGGAAGACGAAAGGACAGCCACUGGGAGCGACAAUACGAGUCGAUGAUGUGAGCAGAGACAUUGUGAUCAAUAGAGUGUUGUAUGGAACAGCCGCAUAUGGUUUGUUGAGACCCGGAGAUAUUAUUAACGAACUAAAUGGUGUAGUGAUAAAAGGUUGUAGUCUCGAAGAUGUUUGUUACAUGUUGGAACGACAAAAUGGCACAGUCAAGUUUCGAGUAGUUUGUGGAGAAAGGAUGGUACCUAUGGAGAGUUCAGUAUUUGUGAUGGCUCACUUUGACUACGAUCCUCGGACAGAUUCUCUGUGUCCAUGUAAAGAGGCCGGUAUCGACUUCCGUCGUGGUGACGUGCUCAGGAUUGUGGAUCAGCAGGAUCCCAAAUGGUGGCAGGCAGUGAAAGAAGGAAGCGGCAAUAGCAAAUCAGGCCUCAUUCCGUCAAAACAACUUCAAGAGAGGCGAAUGUCAGUUCGAGUCGCCGAUGACAAUGUUGUUGUAUACAAAAAGCCAACAAGAGUUUCAUGGUGGAAGAGAUGGAGAUCGAGAAAAUCGAGGAAAGCGUCCCAUUCUACUGAACCUGACUUGACUGGGUCUGAGUUGAUGACGUAUGAAGAAGUGGCGAAGAUGGGACCGCCUGAAGGCAAACUCAGACCGGUUGUACUUAUUGGAGCCCCAGGUGUCGGUCGCUCAACACUGAAGGGACUUCUCAUUGAAAGCGAUUCUCAUCAAUACUCCUUUCCAGUUCCAACAACGAGUCGUACUAGAAAGGCUGCCGAGGUGGACGGAAUGGAUUACGACUUCAUGUCGAAGGCGAUGAUGCUAGAGGCAAUACAGCACAAUCAGUUUGUUGAAUUUGGAGAACACAAGAAAAACUAUUAUGGUACGUCAUUACAAUCAAUUCGUCACGUCGUAGACAGUGGAAAGAUAUGUGUUCUAACAGUACACCCACAAGCUCUACGUAUCUUGAAAGCAACCGACUUGAAACCGUUCGUCGCAUUUAUCAAGCCACCACACUUCGAACAGCUGCGAGAGACACGGCGAUCAAGAUCGAGUGAAGAGAGGCAGACAACACCACUAACAGACGACGAUCUAUGGGAACUGAUGCAGACAUCGAAGCGCAUCUACGACCAAUACGGCCACUACGCUGACUGCACCAUCAUAAAUGACGACGUCGACCGUGCGUGCAACGAACUGAAACAACACAUUGAGAGAAUCCAACGAGAGCCUCAAUGGGUGCCAGCCGUUUGGAUCCCAUAGAACACAAACACACAACUGUAAAGUAUACACAUAAAAUUUAAUGGUAGGCAGUCAAUGACCAGGGUGAUUGAUAUUAAUCCAUUGUAUGUAUGUGUAUACGCACUAUGUGAUGAGAUCGGUUGACUUGAAUUUUAUAUGUUUGUGUCUUUGCUGUCAAGGGACGUAUUAGACUAAUCCAAUGUGUAAUUAAUAUUAACAAGAAAUUAUUUUGAG